AUGACGACAAGCAUGAAGAAGACGAGGAAGCUUAGAGGACAUGUCUCCGCCGGACACGGUUGUCUCGGAAAGCAUCGUAAGCAUCCAGGAGGUCGUGGUAACGCCGGAGGUAUGCAUCACCACCGUAUCCUCUUCGACAAGUAUCAUCCUGGAUAUUUCGGUAAAGUUGGUAUGAGGUAUUUCCACAAGCUCAGGAACAAGUUCUAUUUCCCCAUCGUCAAUCUCGACAAGCUUUGGUCGAUGGUUCCUCGGGAAGUUAAGGAUAAAGCAUCGAAAGAGAAUGUUCCGAUGAUCAAUGUUACUCAGUUUGGGUAUUUUAAGGUUUUAGGUAAAGGUUUCUUGCCUGAGAAUCAACUUGUUGUCGUCAAGGCUAAGUUUGUGUUGAAGUCAGCUGAAAAGAAGAUUAAGGAAGCUGGUGGUGCUGUUGUUCUCACUGCUUAG